AUGGGUGAUUUAGGGGAGAUACUGAAGCACCCGGAUGAAAUCUGCCCGAUGAUAAAACUGGGAAUGCAGGUCCGGGAAACGGAGAUGCGAACACCUGAGCUGCACUGGGCCUUUUGCUACACUAUGCUCCGCAGGGUCACGAGCAAGUUCGCCGUCUCCCUUCUGCAGCUCGGCCCUGAGCACCGGAAUGCUGUGAGAAUGAUCUUCUACUUGGUUCUUCGCGCUCUCGAUACUAUUGAGGAUGAUAUGAGCUUGUCUUCAGAAGUAAAAACACCGAUCCUCGAGGAUUUCCACGAACACAUCUACGACCGUGACUGGCACUUCUCUUGUGGUUCUUCUGAUUGCAGAGUCCUCAUGGACCAAUUCCAUCUUGUGCGACAAGCCUUCCUGGAGCUCGAUAAAAGUCAUCAAGAGAUGAUCAAGGAUGUUACUGAAAGAAUGGGAGCAGGAAUGGCAAAAUUUAUAGACAAGGAGAUUGAGACGAUCGAUGACUUAAACGAGUAUGGCUACUAUGUUGCUGGACUUCCCCUUCACGGAAUGUUGAAAAUGUUUGUCGUCCCCGGAUUGGAGGACUCAGAUGCAGAAUAUGGUCGUCUCUCCAACUCCAUGGGCUUAUUUAUUAUGAAAGCGAAUUGUAUCCGUGACUUUCUUGAAGAUAUAGAUGAGAUCCCUAGGCCACGUAAGUUUUGGCCCCGUGAGAUUUGGAGCAAGUAUGUUAACAGAUUGGAGGACUUAAAGUAUGAAGAGAACUCUGUCGAGGCAGUUCGGUGCCUGAAUGAAAUGAUCACUAGCAGUCUGGUCCAUGUGGAAGAUUGCUUCAAGUACUUGUCCGUUGUGAAAGAUGUUCCCGCUUUGUUUCGGCUUUUUGCACUGCGUCAGGUUAUGGCUAUUGGAGCAUUGGCGUUAUGCUACAACAAUAUCGAUGUCUUCAGAUUCGGAGUAAAACAGAGACGGGGUCUUAUAGCUAAGCUCACCGAGAGGACGAGAACGAUGUCAGACGUAUAUGGUGUCUUCUUUGAGUUUUGCAGUUUAAUGAAGUCUAAGGUUGAUAGACACGACCCGAAUGCGACAGAGACAGUGAGAAGACUUGAUGACAUACAGAAUAUCUGCAUCAACUCAGGAUUGCUAAAUCGCAGGAAAUUCUAUAUUAUGAGGAGUGAGGAAGGCUACAAUUCAGCACUGAUUGCGGGGCUGUCCAUGCUUCUACCCAUCGUUGCUUAUAUAUCCGCCCAUCAUCUAAUUGUAAAUUGGCUGGAAAUCUACUCGGAGUUGACUCGAUUGGCAAAAACUUGA